AUGAUACUGGCCCGAUUACUUGAUCGCACUGCUGACUCUCUCGCUGAUUGUGCUCUUCUGGGAUCUGAGCCCGAACGAGGCGAGGGUUCCACGGACAACGCAACCGGGCUUCACGAUGAUUUGCAAGAUAACGAAACCACUACACACGGCAGGGAUCCCUCAUCGCUAGGAUAUUUCUAUUUCAGACUGGGAAACUCCAAGUACCUGCUGUACAAUCGAUUUGUAGUGGUAGAUGCCUCGCUAGGGAAAGCACGCGGGGCACGGAUCGCCCCCGUGGGGAAGGCGGACGAGGCUCGGCCCGACAACGAGGCGUGGGCCAUGUGGAAGGAGGGCCUGCUCCAACGUCUUGCAGAGAAAUACAAUAGGCCUCUCAAUAAUGAUCAGCUCCCUCGGCUCGUGCCUUGUAAGUCUCAGACUCGAGACUCAUCUGGCUGAGGGCGGGGAAAGCACGUCGCAUUGAAACAGUCA